GUGCCUCAAGGGUGCUAUGGCGCCCCUUGCCCUUGGACUGUCAGUGGAGACACAUGUCCUGUGUAGGGGUGAGGAGGAUGUCCAUGAGGUCACGACCUACCUCCUAUGCCCUGUAGAAUAUCACUUUCUCUGUUCCCUUUUGCCCUUAUGGACUUACCUCAGCCCUGGACCACUUCCUUGGACUGUCUCAGCCUGACACACCAUGGUGUCCAUGCACAGAGAUGAGCAGCAUCUCCUCUUGGUCCAUCCCACUCCCCUCGACAUAAAUUGAGAACCCCCAAGUCCAAUGAGUGAUACUCCUGGGUCACCAAGAUGCAGGAACAUCAACGCUACAACCACAAAAAAGUGUUACCUGUCUCCAGGAAGCUGCACAGCACUCAUGGCCAAGCUAGAGGAGCCAUCCCAGAGACAGAGGCCCAGGGGAUUGCACUGGACACACCUGGCCUCAUCAGCCCCAUUAAACACAGAAGGUGCCACCUAGAGCUCUUUUUAGAAGACCCACGGAAAAGCAUGGAAUCUGCUGAUAUGGUUGUGGACCUUGUGAAUGUCUCAGACUCAGAACCAGCUCAGCUCCCAGCUGCUCCAGUGCUUGACCCAGUCCCAGUCCCUAGCAUCCUUGUCAUGAACAAGAUAGAGGCCCUGGAACAGCUGUUAGUCUUCCUGGAGCUCAUAGCAUCCCUCCCUGAAGGUAUGGUCAAUGGCAAGAAGCUCAAGAUAAGACAGGCCUUCCACUCACACUCGGGCACCCACUGCCCUAGCCUAGCAGCUAAGCGCCCAGACAGGGGCCCCUCAGAGGAUUGACUGGCCCCACUUCAGGAGAUCAUCAUGUGGUCAACUCUAAGCCAGGAAUACACGAAAGCAGUAUCUC